AUGGCUUUGGUUCACUACGAGCAGAACUUGGAUAUCCCCGAGGUUCACCUCAAUUUCCCUUCCUUCCUCAUCGAGGCCGCCGAUAAAUGUCGCGCAGCGGGGCGUCUGCUCUCCAGUGCCGAGCUCGGCUGGGGCGAGAAGCCGAACUCCGACCUGCUGAACCAGCUUUUGCCGUUGAAAGGCCAGUGGCUUCGCGAGAUUCAGAAACUGACAAGCCAUUCGCGGGACAUUAAACAAGGAACCUCGUUACAGGAAAUCAAUUACUGGUCGGUUCUGAAGAGCUCUCUCGAAAACAUCGCCAAGCUCUUCGAUUCCUACGAGGUCCAAGUGCUCUUCUCCGUCCUCAAAACGAACAACCUGAUCGUUUCCGCGGGGACAUUCGAGGUUACUACGCGGCUUCGCUCGCGGCUGGAAGAAGUGACGGAGAAUGCGGAGCUGAUGAGCGGCGUUCCGAUCAAUUCUCUGCUCGCAAACCACGAUUUCCCCGGUUUGGCGUCGGUGAUCCAGCAACUCUUCGUCCAACUGAAGAAGCUGAAGAAUAACCGCGGGUACCCGAUAAGCCGGAUGGUGGACUUCGUGGAUCUGAUCAAUCGGGACGUAACGAACCAAUGCAUUUCGAUUCUGCACUCGGUUCGCUUGAUGGACAUCGACUUCAAGUCGUUUUCGUCGAUGAUGAAGGACUGCAACCACGUGUUUAAGGUCUGGGACGACGAGAUCAUCUCCUUCUGGCAGUUUCUAAAAGAACUCUGCGCGCGGCGCAACGACCCCGUGCUCGUGAAGUUCACCUCCACGUUCACGCCCUUGCAGCAGCGACUGAAGACCGUCCAGGCGUUCCGCGAGCUUCACAACCGGUUUAUCGAAACGCUGCAGCAAGUGAUUGCUCCUCAAGAGAAGGAAGCGUCGCUCGUGAAUCAAGUGAUCGAAGCCUACACGAUUCUCCGCUCGGUGGACGUGAGCGAUCUCUCGGAAGGCGCGAUUUCGGAGUGGAACGAGCUGGUGAAGAGCUACGACCAUCAAAUGGAGAGCGUGGACCAGAGUUUGGCGGAGAUGAUCCGCGGCAAACUGAACGGAUCGCACUCGACCGAGCAGAUGCUGCAGAUCUACGGGAAGUACAAUCGGCUGUUCUUUCGAAGACGCAUCCAAGUGUCCAUUCAGCAGUACCAGACCAGUCUGUUCAAGCAGGUUCGGAAAGACGCGGAUAAAUUGUAUGAGUCAUUGCAGCAUGUGUCGUAUCCCGACUCGGAGGCCUGUCGGAUCGCACGGCUGUAUGACUUGCCUCCGCUCGCUUCGAGCGUGAUUUGGGCUCGCCAGAUCGAAACGAAACUCGACACGUAUCUGCAUCACGCGGAGGUUUUGCUGGGAAAGGACUGGGAGAAGCACAAAGAAGGGCAGAAGCUGAAGCAAGUCUGCGAUUCGCUGAAGAAACGAGUGGAUACAUCGGGCCAGGUCAAUCGAUGGAUGGAGUCGAUGAAGACCCGCAUCACCGCACAGCCAUUAAACGCGUCGAUCUUCACCAUCUCGCGGAAUCCGAUCCAAGGCUAUGUGAUCAGCCUCAACUACGACGAGGAGAUUUUCAUCCUCUUCAAAGAGCUUCGAACGCUCAAUUGGCUCAACAUCCGACCCCCCGUCGCCAUCCGAGCCGCGGGAGAAACCUCCAAAUCGUGCUACGCGAACGCCACGGCGCUUCGCGGCGCGCUUUUCACCUACACGCAAAUCAUCCGCCAAACCGACCCGCAGGUUUUGGAGCUGGCCGCAGAGUAUCAUCAGGCCGUUCGCGAUCUGAUCGCUUACGCAGUGACCGAGAAGAUCACGUGGCAAAGCUUCAACUUGAAAGAUUUCACGCCCUCGUUUACGAAAGCAGUGUUUACGUUGCAAGACCGAAUCGCGCAGAUCACGAUCCACACGGAAUUGUUGAAGCAGUUGAAGUUGGAUUUGACGAAGUGCGCGUAUCAACGCGACUUGUUUUCUCCGAUUCUCUCGCAAAUGCAAUCCGUGAUCGACGAAUUGAACAAUCUCCGAUGCUUCAACAUGUCCCUCUUCAUCGAGCGAUUGAACAGCGACAUCGCCACGCUCCUCGAAACCCGCGCGAACAACGCGCUGACCACGUGGCUCGUCGCGUUCCGUCGCCGCCAACGCGAAGAAUCCGCGAAUCCGAUCCAGGAGGAAGAAGCCAUUGGCGAAGAGCGCGAGACUGUGGCCGAGACGAGCGUGUACGACGCUGCGAUGCAGGUGAAUUACGUUCAUUUGAUCCGCGUGGUGAGCCACAAUCUCACAGUCACGCCUCCCGUCGCCGAUACGAAGAAAUUGUGGUUCGAUUCGCUGCUGACGAUCGUGAGCAGCGUGGCAAGUCUGCCUCGGUUGAAGCCAUUAAUGGACGUGUAUUCCUCUGCGAGCGAGAACAAAGAGGAUGAUUCGUUCUCCUCUAUUAUCGCUCAUCUGAACAAGGACGCGAUCCGCGAAGGCUUCGGCCUCAUCGAAGCGUUGAUGGAGCGCGUGAUGCAAUUCACGAACGGCUGGCUGCAGAACCAAGCCGUCUGGAAACUGAACCCCAAGGAGAUCGCGGAGAGCAUGGGCAGCAACGUGGACAUGUGGCAGAAGCUUUUAUCAGGCCUCUCGAAAGCCAAGGCGGAUUUGGAGUCUGAAAGCAUCGAGAAAGUGAUUGGCUGCGUGCACGUGAAUUUGGAGCAAGUGCAGUCGAGCAUGAGCAUUCGGUACGACGCGCUGCAGAAGGAUUUGCUGACCUCGUUCAGCGAGUUGGUUCUGGAGCAGACGAAGCAGUUCAGCCAGGUUCUUUCGAGCACGCGCUCCGAACUGGAGCGACUUUCCGUGAACGCGUCGACGAACGAAACGAUCAACUUGAUUCUGUUGGUGCGCGAAGUGGUUCACAAUCUGCAGACCUGGAAGUCGCAGAAGAACGCGCUGAUGAACUGCCAAGUGCUGCUGGACAGCCAGAACUACAACUACCCCUCGGAGUGGAUCUAUUCGCAGCAGCUCGAGAAUGAUUGGUCCUCGCUGGAGCAGAUCCUCAACCGCAGACAAGAGUCCAUCAAGGCCAGUCAGGAGCAGCUGAAGAAGAACAUCAUCAUGGAGGACAACAGAGUGAAGAAAGCUGUUGACGAGGCCACGUCGCAAUGGGAGCAGAACCGUCCUUUGGAUGGUUCGAUUCCCGUGCAGAACGCGCUGACCACCUUGGAAGAGUUCAAACUCAAAUUCGAUUCGCUGAACGACCAAUGGUCGAAGGUCAACAAGGGGCGCGACGCGUUGUCUCUCGACGUUCACCGCGAAAGUCCCGUCGAUCUGCUGCUUACCGAGCUUCACGGCCUGCAGGAAGCCUGGCAGGCUGUGCUGGAAUAUUGGAACCGCCUGAACAGCGUGGGCGAAACGAUGUGGAGCAUGUUCAUUCCCAAGACGUUCAAUCAGCAGCUGAACGAGCUGGAGAAGGAUUUGGAAUCGAUUCCUUCUCGCUCCAAACAAUACGCCUGCUUCACGUAUCUGCAGACCACCAUUCGACAAUACAAGAAGGAGUUCAAGCUACUCCAGGAGCUCAAGAACUCCUCGUUGAAGGAGCGUCAUUGGUCGCAGAUCCUCUCCUUCCUCAACCUCUCCACGUCCUACGAAUUCCUCCGCGUUCGCGACUUCUGGACGCCCGAAUUCCAAGAGAACGAGGAGAAAAUCACGGACGUGCUCUCCAUCGCGCAAGGCGAGCUGGCGAUCGAAGAGUUCCUCAAGCAAAUCCGGGAGUUCUGGAACGCCUACCAGCUGGAGCUGGUUUCCUACCAAGGCCGUUGCAAGCUGAUUCGCGGCUGGGAAGCGCUCUUCCAGAAGCUCGACGAGCACAUCUCCGCGCUGUCCAGCAUGAAGCAAUCGCCGUAUUACCGCGUCUUCGCGGAGGAGGCGGAGAGCUGGGAGGACAAAGUCACGCGCAUGCGCGUUCUGUACGAUAACUGGAUCGACGUGCAGCGUCGCUGGGUGUAUCUGGAAGGAAUUUUUAUGAGCGGAGCCGACAUCAUGCAGCAGCUUCCGCAGGACUACAAUCGGUUUAAGAGCAUCGACUCGGAGUUUAUCUCGAUGAUGCGGAAGGUGGCCGCGCAGCCGCGCGUGAUCGACGUGUUUAUGACGCCCAACAUCCAGCGGACGCUCGAGCGAUUGGCGCAGCAGCUGUCGAAGAUCCAGAAGGCGCUGGGCGAGUUCUUGGAGAAGCAGCGGCAGCUGUUCUCGCGGUUCUACUUCGUGGGCGACGAGGAUUUGCUGGAGAUCCUGGGCAAUAGCCGCGAUCCGCAGAAGGUGCAGCGACACUUGAACAAAAUGUUCGCAGGGAUCAACCUGCUGGAGUACUCGAUUCUGGAGAACAAAACGUGCCGCAUCACGGCGAUGGUCAGCAAGGAAGGCGAGGUGGUUCCCUUCCAUCAGCCCAUCGACGUGACGGAGGACCGCACCGUCGUGUCCUGGCUGGCGCAGAUCGAGCAGACCAUGCGAGAGUCGCUCGCCUAUCUCCUCCAGGCGUCUCUGGCGAAGCUGACGAGUCUGGAGAUCAACGCCGAGACGUUCCCUGCGUGGAUCCAAAGCUAUCCGUCGCAGAUCGUGAUCCUGUCCAGCCAGAUUAUGUGGUGCAGCCAGAUCGAAGCGGCUCUGCACAGCUCGAACAGCUCGGAAUUGCUGAAAGGAUGCAUCGCUCAGAUCGACUCCAUGCUUCAAAUCCUCGCGGAGCGCGUCAUGCACUCGCUCCAGACCGACGAGCGAAAGAAAUACGAGCAGCUCAUCACCGAGUUCGUGUACGAGAAGGGAUCGACGCAGAGUCUUCUCGACGAGGGCGUCCAAGACAGCUCCGACUUCCGCUGGCAAGGCCGCCUGCGCGCCUAUUACAACGCCAACGAGCCCGAUCGAAUGAAGUGCCUCACGCUCUGCGUGGCCGACGCCUCCUUCCUCUAUGGCUACGAAUACCUGGGCGUCUGCGAGCGGCUGGUGCAGACCCCCUUGACCGAUCGCUGCUAUCUCACUCUCACGCAGGCGCUCAUGAUGGGGCUGGGCGGCAAUCCGUUCGGUCCCGCGGGAACCGGUAAGACGGAGUCCGUGAAGAUGCUGGCGUCGCUGCUGGGCCGCUUCUGCCUGGUGUUUAACUGCGACGAAUCGUUCGACUUCCAAGCGAUGGGCCGGAUUUUCCGCGGGUUGUGCCAGGUCGGCGCGUGGGGAUGCUUCGAUGAGUUCAACCGCCUGGAGGAGCGCAUUCUCUCCGCGGUUUCGCAGCAGAUCUGGACGAUCCAGACGGGUCUGCGCGACCAGAAAUCGGAGAUUCUGCUUCUGGAGAAGCCGGUGAAGUUGCACCCGAACGUGGGAAUCUUCGUCACCAUGAACCCGGGCUACGCGGGGCGAAGCAACCUGCCCGACAACUUGAAGCAGCUGUUCCGAAGCAUCGCGAUGAUCCAGCCGGACUGGGAGAAAAUCGCGCAGGUGAUGCUGUUCUCGCAGGGAUUCCGGACCUCCGAAGUGCUGGCCGGGAAGCUCGUGCUGCUGUUUACGCUCUGCCAGGACCAGCUGUCGCCGCAGGCGCAUUAUGAUUUCGGUCUGCGCGCGUUGAAGAGCGUGGUGGUGAGCGCGGGCAACCUGAAACGGCAUCGCUUGGAGCAGCACGAGGCCGAGGAGGAGCGGGAUCUGCGCGAGCAGGAGGCGUUCGAGCGCGAUGUUCUGCUGUCGAGCGUGUGCGAUACGAUCGUUCCGAAGCUGGUGUCCGAGGAUCUCCCGAUUCUGAAGAGUCUGCUGGGCAGCGUGUUCACCGGCGCGACGCUGAAGCAGAUCGAGGCCGAGCAGCUCCGAUCGAUGCUGCGGGAAGUGUGCAAGGAGGAGAAGCUGUGUCCGACCGACGCGUUCAUCGAAAAGGCGCUACAGCUCUAUCAGGUGCAGGAUCUUCGCCAUGGCGUGAUGCUGGUGGGUCCUUCAGGCAGCGGAAAGUCGUCGAUUCUGCGGUGCUUGCUGAAGGCGAUGGAGUGUUUGGACGGGCAGCAAGGCGUGGUUUACACGAUCGACCCCAAGGCCAUUUCGAAGGACCAGCUCUUCGGAUCGCUGGAUGAGACGACCAAUGAAUGGACGGACGGAGUGUUCACGAAGAUCAUUCGCCAGAUCUACAACGAUGUGCGCGGCGAGAGCACGCGACGGCAAUGGAUCGUGUUCGAUGGCGAUGUGGAUCCGGAAUGGGCCGAGAACCUCAACUCGGUUUUGGAUGACAACAAGCUCCUCACGCUUCCGACAGGCGACCGUCUUUCGCUCCCUCCCAACGUCCGAAUUCUAUUCGAAGUCGAGAACCUGAAGUACGCGACGCCUGCUUCGGUGAGUCGUUGCGGAACGGUGUGGUUCAGCGAGGAGGUCGUGCCGAUGAGCAGCAUGUUCAUGCAUGGCCUGCUUUGCCUUCGAUCCGAUCCUCUGCUGCAAGACGUCGACAAGCCAUCGCAGCUCGCCGUGCAGAACGCAGUCGCGGAUAUCGUGACGCCGUACUGCGAGCCGCACUGUCUGUUAGAGCAGUGUUUGACCUGGUCGAUCACGCACGACCACAUUAUGAAUGUGACGGCCACGGAGUUGGUGUCGUCGUUUAACAGCCUCUUGCAGCAGAUCGUGAUGGACAUCAUCGAGUACAACAUGGAGCAUUUGGAGCGACCCAUGGCUGGCGAGCACUUCCUCAACUUCGUCUCCAACCGCAUGAUCGAAGCCAUCAUUUGGGGCUUUGGCGGGUCGCUCGUCGGCACGGAUCGCAUCGAAUUCUGCGAGAUUAUCCGCGCCGCGACGUCCUUCGCCCUGCCCUCCGACGGCAUUCCCCUCCUCGAUCAUUACGUGAAUCUCGCCGAUGGACAGUGGCGAUUGUGGAGCGAGCGCGUCCCGCAUGUCGAGAUCGAUCCGAACAGCGUUCUGGACACGUCCGUCGUCAUUCCCACGGUCGACACGCUUCGCAAUCAGCACGUCAUGCGUGCCUUCUUGAACACACGCAAGCCGGUGAUUCUCUGCGGUCCGCCGGGCUCUGGAAAGACGAUGACGCUCACCGACACGCUGAAGAACCUCAAUGGAUUCGACGUGGUGUCGGUGAACUUCAGCAGCACGACGUCUCCCUCGCUGAUCAUGAAGAUCUUCGACCAAUACGGCGUCUAUCAGAAGACGCCGUCCGGUCUGGUGCUCCGUCCCGCCUCUCCCGAGAAGUGGCUCAUCAUUUUCUGCGACGAAGUGAACCUUCCGGAGGAAGACAAGUACGGCACGCAGCGCGUGAUCAGUCUGCUUCGCCAGCUGGUCGAGCAGCAAGGCUUCUGGAGCACACGCGACCAUUUGUGGGUGCACUGCGAGAACAUCCAGUUCGUCGCGGCCUGCAACCCGCCCACCGAUCCGGGCCGCGUGCCUCUCUCCACUCGCUUCCUCUCCCACACGCCUCUGCUCUACGUGGACUACCCCGAGCAGCAAUCUCUCCUCCAGAUCUACUCCACCUUCAACAAAGCCCUCGUGUCCACCAAGCCCAGCAUUGCAUCGCAGUACCAGGCCCUCACGCAGGUCAUGGUCGACUUCUACGAGCAGAACAAGCGCCGAUUCUCGCUGGAGCAGCAGCCGCAGUACGUGUACUCGCCUCGCGAGCUCUCUCGAUGGGUCCGCGCUCUGCACAACGCCUUCGAGGACGUAUCGGACGUGACUCCUGACGAAUUGAUUCGCCUCGCCGCGCACGAAGCGCUCCGUCUCUUCUGCGACCGCCUGGUCACUGCAGAGGAGAAGCAGUGGUGCCAGCAGACGCUCGACGAAGUGAUCCAAUCCACGUUCCCGUCGAUCCGCCCCGCGGUUCUGCAGCGUCCCAUUCUCUACACGCGCUGGCUGAACGGGACCUACCAGAGCGUGGACCGCGAGACGCUGCGUCGCUAUUUGGAGUCGCGUCUGCGCGUGUUUAACGACGAAGAGCUCAACGUGCCUCUGGUUCUUUUCGACGAUGUGCUGGAGCACGUGAUUCGAAUCGACCGCGUGCUUCGCCAGUCCUUGGGCCAUUUGCUUUUAGUCGGAGACAGCGGCGCGGGAAAGACGGUUCUCACGCGGUUCGUGGCGUGGAUGAACGCGAUCUCGGUGUUCCAAAUCAAAGUGAGUCGUCGCUACACGCUGGACAGCUUCGACGACGACUUGCGCCAAGUGAUGCGGCAAGCAGGAGUGGAUGGCGAGCAGACCUGCUUCAUUUUCGAUGAGUCCAACAUUUUGUCUACCGGCUUCUUGGAGCGAAUGAACGCGUUGCUGGCCAGUGGCGAAGUGCCCGGGCUGUACGAGGGCGAUGAUAUGAUUUCGCUCAUGUCGGCGUGUCGCGAAGCGGCGACGCGCGAAGGACUCAUCAUGGAUUCCGCCGAGGAAUUGUUCAAAUGGUUCACGCUGCGCGUGCAGCGCAAUCUCCACGUGGUGUUCACAAUGAAUCCCGCCAAUGGCGACUUCCGGGACCGCGCCGCGAGCUCCCCCGCGCUGUUCAAUCGCUGCGUGGUGGACUGGUUCGGCACGUGGGAUCGCGACGCUCUGCUCCAGGUCUCGCAGUACUUCACGACGAGCAUCAGUCUGGACGUUUCGGACUCCUACGCGCCGUCCAAGCGCGCAGAAGAGCUCAUUGCGAAGUCGUGGGGCGUGUCUGCGGUGGAUCCGACGGUGCAUUUGACGAUCCACGACGCCGUGACCACCGCGAUUCUCUUCGUGCACCAAGCCGUCGUGCGUCUGGACGAGGAGAAGGGCAACGACACGCGCUGCUACUGCUCGCCCCGCGAUUAUUUGGAUUUCAUUAAUCACUAUCUGGCGCUGGUUCAGCACAAGCGCGAGGAGCUGGAAGACCAGCAGAAGCAUCUCGUUGUGGGUCUCAACAAGCUGCGCGAAACGGAGGAGCAAGUGCGCGUGCUUCGCGAGCAGGUCUCCCACAAGAAGGUGGAGUUGGACGCUGCGAACGAAGCCGCGGCUUUGAAGCUGAAGCAGGUGAUCGAGAAGAAGGAGCAGGCGACGCAGAACCAGAAAGCCGCGACGGAGCUGGCGCAGGAAUUGCAAGCGAAGUACGGAGAGAUCAAGGAGAAGCGAGCUCGCGUGAACGGCGAGCUGAGCCGCGUGGAGCCGCUGCUGGAAGAGGCGAAAGCGACGGUGAAAGAGAUCAACAAGACGCAGCUGAACGAGAUCCGGUCGAUGAUGCGGCCGCCGCAGAACGUGCAGCUGACGAUCCAGGCGGUCUGCUGCUUGAUCGGCGAGGAGUCGGGGACCUGGAAGGAGAUCCAGAAGACGAUCCGGAAGGAUUCGUUCAUUCAGACGAUCGUGAACUUCGAGACCAAGCAAAUCACGCGGCGAGCCGCGGAAGAAGCCUCGAUGAUCAUGAAAACGCCCGGGUUCACGUACGAAACGGCGGUGCGGAGCUCGAAAGUGUGCGGGCCGCUCUACAACUGGGUGAAGUCGCAGCUGGAGUAUUCGUACAUCCUGCAGCGCGUGAAGCCGCUGAACGACGAGAUGGAGUUCUUAACGCAGAAGAGCAACCAGCUGCGGCAGCAGCACGACGAGUGCGUGGCGGAGCUGGGCAAACUGAACGCGGAGAUCGACGGAUACACGCAGGAAUACACGCUGAUGGCGCAGCGGACGCAGCAGAUUUCGAUCGAAAUCAAGGCGGUCAUGGAGAAGCUGGAGCGCAGCGCGCGGUUGCUGGAGUCGCUGGAGUCGGAGCAGAAGCGAUGGAAGGAAAGUUCGUUCGAAUUCGAGAAGGAGCUCGCGUGGAUGAUCGGCGACUGCCUUCUGGGCGCGUCGUUCAUCACGUAUGGAGGCUUCUUCGACCAGCAUCACCGCGCGAUGCUGUUCACGGAGUGCCAGUCGCUUCUUCGCGAUCUCUGCAUUCCGUUCAACGAGCACUUCGACACCACGACGUAUCUCUCCACGUCGAAGGCGCGGCUGCAGUGGCAGUCCGACGGCCUGCCGGCGGACGAGUUGUGCAUGCAGAACGCGAUCAUUCUCAACCGAUUCAAUCGCUAUCCGCUGCUGAUCGACCCGAGCGGGCAGGGUGUGAACUACAUCAUGAACACGUUCAACAAUGAUCGCGUGAUCAAGACCUCCUUCUUGGACAAAAACUUCAUCAAACUGCUGGAAUCCGCGCUGCGCUUCGGCUCGAUUCUGAUCGUGCAGGACGUGGAAAACGCGGAUCCCGUGCUGAACCCUCUCCUCAACAAGGAGUUCCACAAGGAGGGCGGCCGAACGCUCAUUCGUCUGGGCGACCAGGACAUCGAUUUCUCGCCGUCGUUCAAUCUCUUCCUCACCACGCGCGACUCUUCGCAUCAAUUCCCGCCCGAUCUCUGCUCCCGCGUCACCUUCGUGAACUUCACGAUGACGCUGUCAUCCCUCCAGGACCAAUGUCUCAACAUCAUUCUGCAGAAGGAGGCGCCCGAGCUGUACAGCCGGCGAAACGACCUGCUUCAGUUGCAGGGCGAAUACCAGGCGCGGCUUCGCGAUCUGGAGGAGCAGCUCCUGAUCUCGUUGAGCAGCGUGCAGGGCAACAUCCUCGACAACGACAACGUGAUGAACAGCAUGGAGCAAUUGAAGCACGAGGCCCAGACGAUCACCUACGAAAUCAGCCAGUCCGACGCGGUGAUGAACUCCAUCCGCGAGUCCUCCUGCAUCUACCAGCCGCUCUCGCAGACCUGCUCGCGUCUCUACUUCGUGCUGGAGAGUCUGCACCACGUGUUCUUCCUGUAUCGCUACAACCUCCACUUCUUCCUCGACAUUCUCCACGCGGUGCUCAACAGCAGCAACAGCGAGAACUCCUCGCCCUCCCAGUCCGAGCGCGUCUCCGUCCUCAUCCGCGCGCUCUACCGCAAGGUCUACGCGCGCGUCGCUCGCGGACUGAAGCAUCUCGACGCGCACAUUCUGGCGCUGCGCAUGUGCCAGCUCUUCGUGCAGAACACGCGCGAAGAAGCCGAGCCUUCCGAGCUGCAGCUGCUGCUGCGCGGCACGCUGGUGACGGUCGACGAUUCGGCGGAGAAGUUCGUGACUGCGGUGUUCGGCGACCUGCUGAACGAAGACCAGGAGUCGCAGAUUCUGCUGCAUCUCUCGCUCGACCACACCAACAAUCUCAAGAAGCUGCUGCUGCAGCGAUCGAAGUACUGGUCGGACACGUUCAUGAACGCUCCCUUGGACGAGCUGAAGCCCAUCAUCGACGAGCUCGGCGAGAACGGAUGGUCGCACGGCCGCUGUCUCUGGCGCUGGCUGCUCCUCAUCAAAGAGCUCCGCCCCGAGCUGCUCAUCUCGGCGAUCGAAUUCGUGGUGAUGGAGCUCGUCGACCCGCAGUUCUUCUCCGAGGAAGCAUACAAUCUCGAGACGCUCGUCGAGGAAGAAGCCCGCGCCGACCGUCCCUUCCUGCUCUGCUCGCAGCCCGGCUACGACGCCAGCAAGAAGGUCGAGCAGCUCUACCAGGACCUCAACCGUCCGCUCGACACGAUCGCAAUGGGUAACGCGGAGUCCUACGCGGACGCCGAGAAGCUCAUCACGAGCGCAGCGAAGCGCGGCAGCGCCGUGCUGCUUCGCAACGUGCAUCUCUGCCCCGAGUGGCUCUCCACGCUCGAGAAAAUGAUCUUCACGAUGCGCCCCAGCGCUUCCUUCCGGCUCUUCAUGACCAGCGAGAUCUCCUCCAAGCUCCCGCCCUCCGUGCUGCGUCUCUGCUACACCCUCGUCUUUGAAACGCCCACCGGAAUCCGCGCGUCGCUGAAGCACUCGCUGAACGCGAUCCCCGCGUCCGCGAUGGAGGCGAAGCCCGUGGAGCGCUGCCGCGUGUGCUUCCUUCUGCUCUGGCUGCACGCGGUCGUGGAGGAGCGGCUUCGCUACGUCCCGGUGGGCUGGACGAAGUACUACGAGUUCAGCGAGGCGGACUUGAAGUGCUCGCUCUCGGUGAUCGACCGCUUACUCAACGCGGCGAGUCGUGGUCUGACCCACAUCGAUCCCUCCGCGCUCAACUGGACGGCCAUCAGCCGCUUGCUCAGCGACUCCUUCUACGGCGGCCGCGUCGACAACCCCUUCGACGACCAGCUCCUCCACUCCCUCAUCCGCCGCCUCUUCGUCCCGCAGGCCUUCGACUCGCGCUUCCCGCUCGUCCAGUACGUCCAUCCCAACGGCACGCUCGAGCAAAUCUUCGCGCCCGAGGGCACCACCAAGCGCGACUUCGAGCUCUGGACCGACUCGCUCCCCGUCUACAACAGCCCCGUCUGGCUCGGCCUCCCCGCCACCGCCGAGCAGCGUCUUCUCUCCACGCAGGGCGCCUCGAUUCUCCGCGGCCUGCUCCAAAUCCAGGACGAUCUCGACGUGUCCGCGUCGCUCCUCGCCUCUCCGUCGCCCUCCGAAUCCGACGCUUUCGCCUCGUCUUCCUCGCACUGGCUCGCUUCCUGCACCGCCUCCAUCGAGCAGUGGCUUUCUCUCCUCAUCGUCCAGGUCCGCGAGCCCGAGCCCACCGCCGCUCUCCUCCAGAACCCGCUCUACCGCUGCCUAGCGCGCGAGCUGCAGCUCAUGCGACGCCAACAGCGCUGCAUCGUCGACGAUCUGAAGCUCCUCCUCGCGUGGAGCCAAAACAAAAUCCAGUCCACGCAUCCGCUACGGCUGCUGCUCCGGCAGAUCGCGCAGGACCACGUUCCGGAGCACUGGAUCGCCGCAGGACUGUCGACGCAGCGCGAGAACUGUGCGCUGUGGAUGCAGGACUUCACGCUGCGCUGCCAGCACUUCGCGGAACUUUCGAUUCAAUCGCUCGAUCAAAUCCGCAGAUCCGGCAUCUGGCUCGGCGGGCUGUUCCACCCCGAGGCGUUCAUCACGGCGAUGGGGCAGCAGGUCGCGCAGAGCAACGGAUGGGCGCUCGACGAUGUGAAAUUGUCGCUGAAACCGCUCAUGCAGGAGGAGGUGGAUCAUUGCGACGAGUUGCUCGCGGAGCGGCCGAACGCGUUUUUGGUGCAUCAGCUGAUGCUGGAAGGCGCGGAGUGGGAAGGAGGAAGGCUCGUGCCGAGCGAUGAGAUUCGAUGUUUGUUGGAAGUGGUGCUGUUCGAGUGGAAGUGUGAGAAGGGAGGAAAGGAAAAUACGGUGCAAGUGCCGAUUUAUUUGAAUGAAUCCAGAGCCGAAUUGCUUGCGGUGGUGGAGAUGCCGCACGUGGAGUCGAUCUCGGAGGAUAUGUGGAGACAGAGAGCUGUGGCGUUCAUUGCAUGGAGACAAGCGUAG